AUGACUCACAUAUGCGUGAUAUUGCUAUGGUUUGGUUCUACAAGAAGGGGCUUUGCAUGCUUUGGCAUCAUCGCAUCUGUCAUGCUUCCUCUCAAGCAUAUAUUAAUGAUCACAACUGAUAAAAAUAAUCGCAUGCUUCGUGCCAAAUUGACAGACCAUAUUAGUUUGGUUGGGAUGAUUGCUGGAAAAUAUAAGUUCAAAGAUGACCCGUUCCAAAUAAGCCUGUUAUUUUCAAACUUGGGCUUUGGACCCUCCCGAAUCAGACUCCAAGCAGCAAGCAUAGUCCAAAUUCUCCAAGAAAUAGGUCUCACACUCUCACUCUCUCCAUCGCCCAUCGCUAAGCGCCAUUCACCAAAAAUCAAAUAUAAUCAUGGGAAAGAUGAAAACCUUAGACUAUUUUUACAAAAUAAAGGUAGAUGAUAAAGAAACUAAUCAUCAAAAUGAAGAGAGUAAACGUCACAAAGCUUCAACAAGUGAGCCACAACCGCAAGAAACAGAAAAUCAACAAGAGAAUGAGCCACAAUUGCAAGAAAAGGAUAAACAACAACAGAACAAGCCACAACCACAAGAAAAGGAAAAUCCUAAUGAAGUUGAUUUGAAUAAUCUAGAAAGAGAUCCCGCUAAACGAAAGCAAAUGUGGGAUUAUCCGGUUAAUUUAAUAGAACAAGUGAGACGAGCUUAUCUGAAUUUAGGACCUUUCCAAAUAGAUCUUAAGGAGUAUCAAGGUAAAGGUUCAACAAAACAUCCUCGUAGAUUCAAAUAUUCUUGGUUCAACAUUUUCCCUAAUUGGCUAGAAUACUCUCCAACAACACGCGCUUCUUAUUGUUUUAUUUGUUAAAUAUUUAAUGAUAAACCAAGUGUGUGUCAUGGUUACAAUGCAUUUACUGUUAAAGGAUUUGACAAUUGGAAAAAAAGUUAAUUACGGGAAAAAUUGUGCGCUCUUGAAACAUAUUGGUUGCUCAGAACAUAGAAAUGUUGUUGCAUUUGCUGAAAACUUGAUGAACCAAGCAGCACACAUUGAAAAUAUCAUAGUGAAGCAAAAUGAAGCACAAAUAUUGAAGAAUCGUUUACGAUUAAAAGUGUUAAUUGACACAGUUCGUUGGUUGACCUUCCAAGAUUGUGCUUUACGAGGACAUGAUGAAACACCUGAUUCCAAAAAUCGUGGUAAUUUUCUCCAACUUCUAAAACUUCUAGCAUCGUAUAAUGAUGAAGUUGCAAACAUUGUAUUAGAGAAAGCUACUUAUAAUUCAAAGUAUACUUCUGGGGAAAUUCAAAAAUAAAUUCUUAGUAUUAUUGCAAAUAAAGUUCGAAAGCAUAUUCGUAGUGAAGUGGAGGAUUCAUACUUUUUUGUCAUGGUUGAUGAGUCACGGGAUGAGUCUCAAAAAGAGCAAAUGGCGAUAGUUUUGA